CGUGCAUUGUGCUCUAAUUCCGUUCCUGUUUUGUGUUCUUGGGUUGGUUGGCCAAGGGGAAUCUCUCUGGUUUUUAUCACACCUCUGUCUCUUUUUUUUUUAACCUCUCUCCUUAAAAAGAGGAAAGACAUAGAUAGAGAGAGAUAGAGAGAGAAAGAGAGCAGGAGAACCCACUAAGCGUGCAAAUAAAAGACUUAAAGCAAAGCUAAGAUUACAAUCCCAUGCUAUUAUAGCUCCCUCCACCUUUGCUUUGCUUUUCGGGUGUGUUUUUAUUUUUUAUUUUCUCUUCCUUUCUCUCUUGGUGGGGUUUCCAUUGAGCUGUGAUAAUACUUGUGUGUUCCUCCUUCUGCUACCUCAGUCUAUCCAACGUUUUGCAGUGGCCAAAACCUUAAAACCCUUUUAUUUUUAAGGUUUCCUCUGUAGGUCCUUCUUGCUGUUCGCUCAGACUCUCGCACUUGUUGCAAGGAAGCCCUUGUUUCUCACAACUACAAGAUGUGGUAUUUAUCGGAUUUAAGCUGCGGUUAGACUUUGGGGGAUUCUAGAGUUUGUUUAUGUUUCUUGCAUACAUAUAUUUGGUGAGUGAUAUUUCAGCAAGGAGGAAUCUUCCUUUGGAGCGUGGUGUGAACAGAAGAUGGAUGAAAGGUCAAGAAACGAGGCAUCUCCUCAGCUGUUAGAUUUGAUCUCAAACGAGAGAGAGUGGCAGAUGAACAAGAGAAACGAAGGAAAAUCCUCAGAAGAAAGAAAGCUUGAACUGAGGCUUGGUCCACCUGGUGAAGACUGGUCUCUGGGCGGUAAAAUGAAGAACACAGAAAGAGAAGAAUCUCUUCUCUCUCUUGGUUGCUUCUCUCCUAACAAUGGGUUCCAGAGCAAGGCUUCUCCAUGGCCAAACUACCACCACCACCACCAGGGUAACAACAACAAAGCCUCUUCUUCAUCAUUUCUUCAGUGCCCUAAGGUUGUGGUAGAGUUGCAGAAUGGUGGUGAUGGCAAAGUAUUCUCUCCCUCUUCUGCAAAUACAGCUGUGUCCCAGCCCAACACCUCUCAGAAAAGAACUGCUCCUGCUCCAGUGGUGGGGUGGCCCCCAAUUCGUUCCUUCAGGAAGAACCUUGCAAGCAGCAGCAGUGCUUCUAAGCCACCUCCUGAGUCUCAGGCUGAGCAGCACAACAAGGUUGCUGGUAAAAAACCUGUUGACAACUAUGCUAAUAAUAAAGGUUUGUUUGUCAAGAUCAACAUGGAUGGUGUUCCUAUAGGGAGAAAAGUGGACCUCAAUGCCUAUGACAGCUAUGAAAAUCUCUCUUCCGCCGUGGACGAGCUAUUCAGAGGUCUUCUUGCUGCUCAAAGAGAUUCCUCUGCUGGUGGAGUUCACAACAAGCAGGAGGAAGAGAAAGCAAUUACGGGGUUAUUGGAUGGAAGUGGAGAGUAUACUCUUGUUUAUGAGGAUAAUGAAGGAGACAGGAUGCUUGUUGGGGAUGUGCCAUGGCACAUGUUUGUAUCAACAGUGAAGAGGCUACGAGUGUUGAAGAGUUCUGAGCUUUCUGCUUUUACCCUUGGGAGUAAGCAAGACAAGAUACCCCUUGACUCAGCAAUGAAAUGAACAGCGGUUUGAGGUUUUGAUCACCUGCUGAAAACUUGAAGACUCUUCCUAAUUUGACGUUUUGGUUCUAUUGUCUGAUGAAAAGAACAUGGAAUGAAGCUAGUUGCGUACAUUACAACUAAGUAAUGUGAUGAAUGUGUCUUUUUUUUUUUUUUUUUCUAAAUGAAGAUUUGAAAUGUUUAUGGGUUUUGUAUAAAUAGGGAAGGGAAACUUCACGGAUGUGUGUACUUAUGAUUUACUGUUGAGUAGCCAUUAACUUGUUUUGGUUUGUAUUUUGAAGUCCCUUUUGUAGGUGGGGUUUUUCAGGGUCUUAAUAAUUUUCACAUCGUCAUGGCAAAGAGCGAAAUUUGGGACCUGUAAAAAUAUGGCUUUACUUGCUGGAAUA